AUGUACCAGGACUACCCCGGGAACUUCGACACCUCCUCCAGAGGCAGCAGCGGCUCCCCGGGACAUCCCGAGAACUACUCCAGCGGCGCAGCCCAGCAGAAAUUUCGAGUAGAUAUGCCAGGAUCAGGCAGUGCUUUUAUCCCUACAAUCAACGCCAUCACAACCAGCCAAGACCUGCAGUGGAUGGUCCAGCCCACUGUCAUCACCUCCAUGUCAAGCCCUUACUCUCGCUCGCACCCAUACAGCCAUCCACUACCACCGCUGUCUUCAGUAGCCGGACACACAGCCCUUCAGCGACCUGGUGUGAUCAAAACAAUCGGGACCACAGUGGGCCGGAGACGAAGAGAUGAGCAGCUCUCGCCUGAGGAAGAAGAGAAGAGAAGGAUCCGGAGAGAGAGGAACAAGCUGGCAGCUGCUAAGUGUCGUAACAGGCGUCGGGAGCUAACAGAGAAACUCCAGGCGGAAACUGAAGUGUUGGAGGAGGAGAAGUCAGUGCUGCAAAAGGAGAUUGCUGAGCUCCAGAAGGAGAAGGAGAAGUUGGAGUUUAUGCUGGUGGCUCACAGCCCUGUGUGCAAAAUCAGCCCUGAGGAGCGUCGGAGCCCACCAUCCAGCAGCCUCCAGAGUGUUAGGACUGGAGCAAGUGGAGCAGUGGUUGUGAAGCAGGAGCCUGUGGAGGAAGAGAUCCCAUCUUCUUCUUUGGUCCUUGACAAAGCCCAGAGGUCUGUCAUUAAGCCCAUCAGCAUUGCUGGAGGUUUUUAUGGGGAGGAGGCACUCAACACUCCCAUUGUGGUGACCUCAACACCAGCCAUCACUCCUGGGUCCUCCAACUUGGUAUUCACCUACCCUAAUGUGUUGGAUCAGGAGUCUCCUCUCUCUCCAUCUGAGUCCUGCUCCAAAGCUCACCGGAGGAGCAGCAGCAGCGGUGACCAGUCCUCAGAUUCCUUGAACUCUCCCACCUUGCUGGCAUUGUAA